UUUCGUGGUUCAGUGGUACUCCAGAACACAGAAAAUCGAUUAUAUAAAAUGCAUCUUUAGCAGCUCCAAGCACAGAGACGUUAGCCACGUAGUCUUGGCUUAAAGUGGGCCUGGUAUUUGCUCAGAGAAGAGAAGCAAACAGUCCACAGUUGCGGAGCGAAGGGGCUGCGUGAUCUUCAAACCUACGAUGUUUGCCAAACCUCGAUUGCUAACACGCUAUUUGCUUGCGUUCUUUCGUUUGACGUAGCACGCUGCAUCAUAAUUCUCGCGAUUUUAAUUGGGUACACGUGUGCCGUGUUGUUAUUUGUGAUUGUGCAUCAUGGAAGAUAAAUUUUGUGACUGUGUUACAGGCGACUUAUUAAAACAUUUAUUUUCUUGUAGGAAUUUCAUUUAUAGAAAGAGAAUAACUAAUAGGCAGUCUAACCUCUUUUCUCACAAAAAUGGGGAAACAGUCAAAUAAUACAUUGUGCCAUUUUUCUUAUACUUAGUACAAAACUAUGCUUGAAGUGCAAUGUGCAAUAAAAAAUGUAGGCUCAGUGGAGUUUCUAACCUUGUUACAUGCUGCAUUUUACAGAAGUCGUACAAUAUGGCGGAGAGUGUGAAAGUUAUCGUAAGAUGUCGUCCCAUGAAUUCCAGGGAGAAGGAUUUGAACUGUAAGUGUGUGGUGUUCAUGGACAACAGCCAUUGUACGUGUUCCAUUGUAAAUCCAACUGACAGCUCUGCUCCUCCGAAAAGUUUCACCUUUGAUGGGGUAUACCACAUUAACUCCACUACAGAACAAAUCUACAAUGAAAUUGCAUACCCACUAGUAGAGGGUGUGUUAGAAGGCUACAACAGCACUGUGUUUGCUUAUGGACAGACAGGGUGUGGCAAGAGUUUUACAAUGCAAGGUGUUACAGACCCUGCCUCACAGAGGGGCAUUAUACCGAGGGCAUUUGAGCACAUCUUUGAGGCCGUGUCUGUCGCAGAAGGCACCAAGUAUCUCGUUCUGGCUUCGUACCUUGAGAUUUACAAUGAAGACAUUAGAGAUCUGUUGGGUCGAGACGUGAAAAGAAAAUUAGACUUGAAGGAACACACAGACAAGGGAGUUUAUGUUCAAGAUCUGUCGAUGCAUCCAGUACAGAGUGUGGCAGACUGUGAGAAACUCAUGUACCAAGGCUGGAAGAACAGAGCUACGGGGGCAACACUGAUGAAUGCCGACUCAUCGCGGUCUCAUUCAAUAUUUAGUAUUAACUUGGAGAUGAUGCCAUUGUGUGCUCUUGAAGAUGCCUGCUGUCCCGCUGAUGGAGAUCACAUACGGCGCGGAAAGCUGAACCUAGUCGAUCUCGCUGGUAGCGAACGACAAGCCAAGACGGGUGCCACUGGCGAGAGGUUAAAGGAAGCGACCAAGAUAAACCUAUCAUUGUCUGCUCUAGGAAAUGUUAUAUCAGCUUUGGUGGACGGAAAGUCGAAACACAUUCCGUACAGGGACUCCAAAUUGACAAGGCUUUUACAGGACUCGCUGGGUGGCAACACAAAAACACUUAUGAUCGCAUGCCUGUCCCCUGCCGACAACAACUACGAUGAGACGCUGAGCACACUGCGCUACGCGAACCGUGCAAAGAACAUUCAGAAUAAGCCAAAAAUAAAUGAGGAUCCAAAGGAUACAAUGCUUAGGGAGUACCAGGAGGAGAUCAAAAAACUGCGGCAGAUGCUCGAGUCAUCGAACCCCAGUGAAAAUACAGCGAUAUCGGUGACCAAUGAGAAGGCGAUGACAGAAGAGCGUGAGAAAGUUCGGCAGGAGUACGAAAGUGAAAUGAAGAAGAUGCGAGAACAAUACUUGGCCGAACAGGACCACAAGGCAAAGCUCCAGUCGGACAUGGAGAGGCUGAAACAGCAAUAUGAACAACAACUUGAGAGAAUCAACAAAGAGGCGACGACUGAUAGAAGUGCCAAGUCUCAGAGCGUUGGAGCCAAAACUCCAUCAGAACUCAUUGUAACUGAAGCCCUCAAGGGUGAAAUUCCAGCCAUCAGUCCAUCACAACAGGAAGUGCUGCUGAGGUUGCAGAAGUUGCAGAAAAGCAUGGUAGGGGGAGAGCGUGCCAAUGACCGCGAACUGAAAGAGAGACGGCUCAGGAAGAAGAAGGCAGCCGAACGCCGACUCCAAGCCCUGGCCAAGGUUCUGUCAAAAGUUGAAGAUGAAGAUGGGGUCUUCUUGCAGGUUUAUGAUGAUAUUCAGCAAGAGCUGAGUCUAAAGACUGAUGCCCUCAGGAAAAGCAAGUUGAAGGUUCGAGCGCUAGAAAGAGAAAUCUUGGAUCUUCAGAGUGAGUUCGAGAACGAAAGAACAGAUUAUCUGGAGACAAUAAGAAAACAAGUUCGCUUACAGAAACUUUAUCAGCAAAUUGUUGAGAAGAUGUUGCCAACUUUAAAAAAGGAGUGUAAUUAUAGUAAUUUGGAAAAAAUAAAGAGUGAUGCUGUUUGGAAUGACGAAUCCCAGACAUGGAGACUUCCAGAAUUGUUCAUAACCAGGACCAAAUUACCACCAGCUGGAGUCCAACCAAGCCUUUUGACUUUACGACCAAACUCUGCACAUAAUGGGACCUCAAAUAGAAGUAGUGGCUCCAGUCAAAAAUCUGGUAUAUCUAGUAGCAGUCCACCAUCAGAUAAGCGACACAGUUCGCCUGACACGGAUGAUGAAAAUAGAGUUAUAUUCAAGUGGUUAAAUCGUUGGAACAGGUUGCAGAAGUUGCAGAAAAGCAUGGUAGGGGGAGAGCGUGCCAAUGACCGCGAACUGAAAGAGAGACGGCUCAGGAAGAAGAAGGCAGCCGAACGCCGACUCCAAGCCCUGGCCAAGGUUCUGUCAAAAGUUGAAGAUGAAGAUGGGGUCUUCUUGCAGGUUUAUGAUGAUAUUCAGCAAGAGCUGAGUCUAAAGACUGAUGCCCUCAGGAAAAGCAAGUUGAAGGUUCGAGCGCUAGAAAGAGAAAUCUUGGAUCUUCAGAGUGAGUUCGAGAACGAAAGAACAGAUUAUCUGGAGACAAUAAGAAAACAAGUUCGCUUACAGAAACUUUAUCAGCAAAUUGUUGAGAAGAUGUUGCCAACUUUAAAAAAGGAGUGUAAUUAUAGUAAUUUGGAAAAAAUAAAGAGUGAUGCUGUUUGGAAUGACGAAUCCCAGACAUGGAGACUUCCAGAAUUGAUCAUAACCAGGACCAAAUUACCACCAGCUGGAGUCCAACCAAGCCUUUUGACUUUACGACCAAACUCUGCACAUAAUGGGACCUCAAAUAGAAGUAGUGGCUCCAGUCAAAAAUCUGGUAUAUCUAGUAGCAGUCCACCAUCAGAUAAGCGACACAGUUCGCCUGACACGGAUGAUGAAAAUAGAGUUAUAUUCAAGAAGCUACAGAGGAGUGAACAGGAAGACAUCGCUGGAAACUACUUCAAGCCAAAACGAGCUGUUGAAUUGCUAAAUAGAGCAAAAGAAGAUGCCAGCAAAGCUUUUAGUACGUGGAAGGAGUACACGAGUCGUCAUAAAGGAGCCAGCAGCACGAAUGGUUUCAACAACAUUCUAAAUAUAAGAAACUCACAGAAUGGUUUCCACUCCUCACUUAAUGCUUUGAAUCUAAAUUCAUCCAUUUCAUCAACAAAUGGAUACAAUGUCCUCAACAGCUCUUGGAGUUCCAGUCCAGUUGGUAGCAGACUCAUGACAACUCAUGCCAGCGCAUUAAACUUGUCACCAGAUCACAGCAUGAGACGGCCUACGAGACUUGAAGUUCUUCCGACAUUAGACAGGAAGCAAAACAAUGACAACGUCAACAACAAGCGUAAGAAUGGAACAAGAUCAUCGGAGCUGAACACAAUGGACAUCAUCUAGGACAUGCCAGAUCCCUGCUGGAGGAGAUUUCCCACAAGAAGAACCAUCUUGCCUCUUAUUGGCUGUGGUCUUAAAAUGAGGGAAGACUCCAGCUAGAAAAUAAAACAUUGCUCUAUUGUCCCAGUAGAAUUCCAAGCGGAAUAUUGACCAAUGAGAGUCGUGUCAACAGAAGCAAAGCUGAACAUCUUUCUUUACUUGCUUGAAUUUUCAGAACAUGGAAUUUGUUUUUGUAUUGUGUUAAAUUUCAUAUUGUUUUCUGUUAGAUCUUAAUAUGAAAAUUUGCACAAAAUGUGUGAAAAUCAAGACAGAACUUACAAUUAUUUUCUGUAAGUUUUAAAAUCUGGAAGAGCAUAAAGACAAAGAAGGCUUCUUUGAAAGAAUCAUUCUAAAUUGAUACUCCAAAAUGCUAAUAAUUUUUUAAGAGGAUGUUACAAAGAAAACCUACCCUUAAAGUGGAUGGUUCAGUUUUAAAUGAAUCUUUGACAAUCUGUGAAGCCUUAGAAGCAUUUUGGACACACAAGGCACUGUUCUUUGAAUGUGUGAAAGUUCUAACAUAUCAUGACGUAGUAAUGGCCAAAGUCAAGAACAUUUAAUAGGAAAUACAUAUCCCCUUUGGUCCUUGCAGUUGUAUGUCCAUUUCUGUUACAGAAUUAAGAGCAUUUCUGGUCUAUUUCCAUCUUUGUUUUGUGUUCUCCUUCCAUGUUUUUGAAAAUAAGAAACGUGUUCGGCAGUUCCUGUUACUUCAUAUUUACUGUUGACAGCAGAAUUUCAAUAUAUUCUGUAAAUUUUAGCUGGAACUGAACACACAAAAUACUGUGUCAUAGAGCAUUUUUAUUACAUUUUAUAUUCGUAAACACUUCCAGAGAGGAAGUCUGUUAGACAUAUAGUUUGAAUUAGUUGAAGUGGCAUGAUAGUACAGUCAUAAAACUGAAACUGCUUAUAAAAUUUAUUAAAACUCAUAGGAUGAAAAUGUCUACAAUGUUGAUACUGUGUUCUUCUUGGUUGUUGACUUCUGUGAAUGUUCUUGCUUAAAGCUUUAAUAUCACAACUUCUGCUUACAUUUAAUAAUAAUUUUACUCUAGAGUAAAUGUUAUUGCAUACAAAUGUAAAGAAUUCAUAUCUCUUCUUCUUCAUCUUCUUAUAUGGCUCUCCGGUCCGUAUUCGGUCCAUGACCUCCUCAAUUCUCCUCUUCCGUUCGGUCCUCUGUUAGGUCCAUUCUGCCCGAGGCUUUGAUCAAGGUUUCCAAACAUCUUCCUUUUUACGGUGCAAGGUUGUUAGCCUUGCGACCAACCCCCAACCUGGAGGACCAGGGCACUUGUCUUAGUCUGACCUCUCCCCCUCGACCAAUCUGGCUAGGGAGGCCCUACCAGUAGCUCUUGGGGUCACUGAGGUACUCAAGCCCCACCACCACGACAAGUCCAGGUACCAUUAAGUGGGGUCUUAUAUCUCUGCGAUGUUAAAUAAGUUUUAUUUUUCAUUAGUCACUCAUCAGUAGUAAGUGUGACAAAAUUAGAAAAAAGGAGUCUUGGAUUACAAGUUUUGGUACUAUCUAUUCAUUCCACUGGCUUACAGUAUUUUCACGUCGGGGCAAUGGUCGUAAAAUUUUGCUUAACACUCAUUGAAGUUUAAACCCAGAAGCAAUUUUCGAUAUUAAUGUAACAAGCGCAAGAAGCCUCAUUAUCAUGAAAGUUUAGGGAUGCCGGAUUCAAAAUAUCCAUUUCCGUUAAAAAUAAAUUUUCCCACCACCUCUUCUCCUAACCAUGUGGUCACUUUAAACUUCUCAUUAUCCCUUUUCCCAACUCACAUGAUCACUAAAAUUCUUUCAUCACCUCGUCUCCUUACUACAUGACCCUAAAAAGCUGUUCGUUGCCUCUUUUCCUUAACCACCUGUUUGCUGCCGAUUGGAUAGCAACUCAUUUCUCUGUUCUGUCAAUCAGAUCUCUCACGUCCCACAUUCCGCCUAAUGCCUGCUCUAUAUAAGGCUUCAUAAGAAUCCCCAAGAUAAAUUCACGCUGAAGAUAGCAACUGCAGAAUUUGCUGUAACAUUGAAGAACACACAACAUUGAACGUGGCUCAUCGCCGAAAACCGAAGUUCUGCGGUGAAUUCGAGCCACAAAAACCUCGGAGUAAAAAAAUUCUGUUAUAAAUUGCAGUUUCAAUUAAAUUGUCUGUAUAUCUUGUCAUAUUUUGAAAAUUAUGUUUAAUGCCGGUAAAUUAGUACCAACACAUACUGUGCUUGAACAGAAUAUGUAAACCUAUUGUAAUAACAUGCUAUCAGCAGGGAUCUUUAUGUUCAUUGUGAAAAUUUUAAUAUUUUGUAGGAUUACUUUCCUUAAAGAGGAACAUGGUUUAAGGUUGAAUUAUAUUUAAAUAUGUGGAGGUAGGAAACAAGAAAUAUAAUGUUUUUGCAUUAUAAAGAAGUGAAGUGCUGGAAUGCAUUUAAAUAGAGUUACAAUUAUUAUUUCUUGGUCUACUCUCAGGUUACCCAGUUCUUAUGUUUUUGUCGGCAUGAAAGGGUAUUCACUGUGUGGAAAAACAAGAUUUUGGGAAGUGGUCACACUGAUAGUGAUUCCCCAACCAAGUGUGGGAAUGAAAGCAUUUUUUUACCUGUUUCACCAGACAUGAUAGUUUUCUUACGUGUUUUAUUUCAUAUUCUCUGUUUAUUAUGUUUUUUAAGCAUCAAAUUUUUUUCAUAUAUCACUGUUACUGUUUUCUUUUGAAGUUCUGUUUUAUAUACAGGAAAAUACAUAAAAUUUUACAGGCUGACUCCCACAAGUAAUUACGAAGCAGAUAAAGUAAUACUGAAUACUGGCAUAAAAUAAUUAUUGAGCUUUGUACUGCUUUUCUUUUAGACAGAUCUGGGCUUUAUUUCGUGCAUUCAGCACAUGGUUUCAUGGUUUCUUACUUGGUUCCCUCCAGUCCACUCGAAUCUUUCCAUUACAUUCAAACGUAAGUUGUGCCAUAUGAGGUAUAUAUACCACAGGAUGUAUCCAUACUGAUACAUCAUGGAGACAAUUGAUCAGAAUGGGAGUAGACAUUCCGUUGGUGCUACAAUUUCAAGUGCAGUCUUUUGUAUAAUCAUUAGACUACUUUAGAAGGGAGAAUUUUAAAGAUGCUGUAGUACUAAAUUGAAUUACAGGUAGGCCCUGCUUUACGAUGCUUCAUUUCACGCUGUUUCACAUUAACGCCUGAGCAAAUAAAAAAAAUAUAAGAAGAAAAUUUGAAAAUGCAAGCAUAAACGCAGCACAGGAAGUGGGUACCUAGGCGGUGCUAGUGUCGGCAUCAGUUGCUUUCUCCUCGUCCACCGGUAAAGUACAUUAUAAUUCUUUCUCGAUUUAAGCCACUUCAGCUAACGGACCUGAGGACGUGGAAUUUAACCCCGGCAUAAAUCGGGGCCUACCUGUAUUUAAAAGAAAAUCAGAUCAGAAUCAAAGGGAAGCAUAAAAUGUCAAUCAAUAGGGAUUGUCAGUAAUAAAUCUGUCGAUGAUUUGUUAAAAUGACUAUUUAAAUGCAUGUACAUUUUAAACUAAAAUGCAGUACAUUCGUAUUUCAUCUUGAUUAAGUCAAAAUGUUGGUCCAUAAUCCUAUAAAAACAUAAAUAGGAAUAAAAAUAUGAACUACAAUUUGUGAUUUGUUAUGGUGCUGAGUUUAAAUUGGCAUAUUUAUUUCUUACCUAACCUCUAAAGUACUGCAUUUUUGUUUCACAUAUACGAAAUCAUAUUUCCAAAUAGCAAUUAAGUGUUAACAGAAGACAGUCAUAGAUCAUCUUAAUUAUUAAAUGUUGCAAAAAAAAUUGCAACUUAAACUGUGAUACAAACGUUGUAAUGUAGAUAUCUUAUGAAAACAAAAUGGACCAAUAUGCUUAAAAAUAUACUUGUGUGAUCCUUACUCCUCUAUUACGAAAAUCUGUAAAUAUAAGUAAUUAUUGACAUGUUGUUAUAAAUAAUAAUUGCUUAAAUGCA